AUGUCUACGGCUAACACUGCCAUCAAGAUCCUCUGGCACGCCCUCGCGGCGAUCCAAAUCUUGACUCUGGGCGUAGCCACCAUCCGAGGCGGAGAAGUCGCCGGAGACACCACCAUUAUCAUCGCGUCAGGUUCUUUGGUCAUCGCAUCCAGCGUCCUCUUCAUCUUCGUCUCUAGACUCGAACACCGGAGAGCUCGUGCUCCCUCUUCUGUGCUGCAGACGUCCCUCUUGGCUACAAUCAUACUUGACGGAGCUCGUCUUCCAAGAGAAUGGGCCUACGCCUACAACGGUGGCCUUGCCAUUGCCAAUUUCCUAACCGUCCAACUCGUCAUUAAGGCGUUUCUUCUUGCGGCGGAGUCAGCAUCGAAGCCCGCCUUUAUCACCAUUCCAGCCACUAAGGCUACCCGAGAGGAGCUAUCUGGCAUCUUUGGCCGGAGUCUGUCGCUCUGGCUCAACCCUCUCUUCAAAUUGGGCUGGAAGAAGGACCUGGUGACUGAGGACCUGGAGCCGGUUGAUGAGGCAUUAUCUGGUGAAAAGCUCUUGGAGAGACUGUCUACAGCUUGGAAGAAUGUCGACCGAACUCGAACCCACGCCCUGUCAAUUGCUCUGCUGAAAGCCUUCUCCCCAGAGCUCCUUUACACCCACUGCCCCCGCUUCAUCAAAGUCGCCUUCGGUCUCGCCCAACCGAUCCUAGUCCAAAUCACAAUCGAGUACAUCCAGAACCACGAAACAACACCCGUGGAGGAGGGCUACUGGCUCAUUGCCCAAUUCGCUUUCGUCUUUAUCGGAAACGCGGUAUCCUCCCUGUGGACAAGCCAGCUCUCCUACCGCCUCAUAACCAGCAUCAGAGGCGCCAUCAUCGCCAUAAUCUACCAAAACAUGCUCUCCCUCCGCGCCGAGAGCGGCACCUCGGAGGCCGCGGUCGCGCUCAUGGGUACCGAGGUCGAGUGGAUCACCGUCGCGGCUGAGUGGUGCCUUGCCGUCGUCCCGAACCUGAUCCAGGUCGCGCUGGCGAUGUGGAUUCUCGGGAACCAGCUGGGUGCUGCGUGUAUCACACCUGUUCUGAUUGCCAUCGUCAGCGUUCUGAUAGCAGCGCGGCUGGGUAAGUUCAUCCCGCCCCGCCAGCGCCGUUGGCGCGAAGCCAUCCAGAAGCGCGUCGGCGUCACCACACAGGUCAUGGGCUCCGUCAAGGGCGUCAAGAUGAGCGGUCUCAGCGGCGCGGUGCAGGACCAGAUCCAGGGGCUCCGGGACUUUGAGCUCGAGGAGUCCAAGGAGUUUAGGAAGAUCCAAAUCUCAAACAUCCUCGUCGGCCAGCUUCCCUCCAUCAUGACUCCCUCAAUCACCCUUGCCGCCUUCGCCAUCACGCAGCGCCUCGCCGGCGGAGAGCCCCUCAACGUCGUGCAGGCCUUCACAUCGCUCUCCCUGCUGGGUAUCCUGAUCAACCCCGUCUCCGAGCUCGUCAUGGUCCCGCGGCACCUCGCCAUGACUAUCGGCUGCCUUGACAAGAUCCAGGAGUUUCUGGCGAAGGAGAAGAGGGAGGAUUACAGGAACGUGAGAUUGAAGAGGCAGGAAGAGCCCAACGGAGUCGUGCAGGAGCCGACGCCCGACCAGCCGCUGAUCAAGGUCUCAGAUGGAUCGUUUGGUUGGAGCAGCGACAAGGCCAUUUUAAACCACCUGGAUCUCGAGAUCAAACCAGCGACGCUGACGAUUGUGGUUGGCCCGGUUGGGUCUGGUAAGUCGACGCUGCUGAAGUCGCUGGUCGGCGAGACGUAUCGCAUCGCCGGAGAUGUGGAGUACGCUACGAGUCCGGAGGUCGCGUACUGCGACCAGGACCCCUGGAUUUUGAACCAAAGCAUCAGGGAGAACAUCACCGGCGGCGCAAACUAUGACGCAGUGCUUUAUGAUAAGGUGAUUGCGGCGUGUCAGCUUGAGGAGGACAUCCGGUUGCUCCCGGACGCAGAUGGCACUAUCGUGGGAAGUUCAGGGGCUGCUUUGAGCGGCGGGCAGAAACAUCGGAUCGCGCUGGCUCGAGCCAUCUAUAGCGGGAAGCAAGUUAUCAUCAUGGACGACACCCUGAAGGGCCUCGACUCGAACACAGCCUCGAAGUGCUUCAACGCGCUAUUCGGCGCUCAAGGGCUUCUUCGAAGCUUUCAAGCUGACCAGAAGAGGUCUGUCAUCUUUGCAACUCAUAACGCUCAAUGGCUCCGCUUCGCCGACCAGAUCCUCUCCCUCAACGCCGACGGCAAGAUCUCUGAGCGCGGUUCCUUCGAGGAGCUCAGCAAGUCCGACGGCUACGUCAGCAAGCUGCGGGUUACGGCACUGAGUGACCCGGAUGAGGACACGCCCGAGAAUAGCGACGAGGAGGUGAAAUUCGACGUUGAAGCGCCGAAGAAAGACAAGCCUGUCGCCGGGGUGAAACCCAAUGGCGCCGAGAAGCUCAAAGCAAGCCGUGGCGCGGCGAAUACCAGCUCGCUGCUGUAUUACAUCAAGUCCAUGGGCACGUCGGCGUUCUUGCUGUUUGCGACGAUGGUGCUGUUCCAGAUGGGAUGUCGGACGAUGCAGCGCCUGUGGGUUAAGUUCUGGGUAGCUGCGAAUGAAGACCACUCUGAUCCUAAUCUGGGGAUGUGGGUGGGAGUGUAUGUCCUCUGGGGCGUCUUGACCGAAGUUGCUGUUGCUAUUGAGACGUACUACUUUCUGGUCAUCAUCGUCCCGCACUCCGCCAAGGGCCUUCACUUUGGCGUUCUCAAAGCCGCCCUCGCUGCCCCAAUGUAUUUCUUCGUCAAAACCGACACCGGCGUAAUCAUCAACCGAUUCAGCCAAGACAUGAACCUAAUCGACCUCCCCCUCCCCCUCGCCUUCAUGCUCACCUUCGACUACUUCACCCUCGCCAUCGCCGAAAUAGUCCUCACAACCCUCGCCACGCCCCAGCUAACCCUGCUCAUCCCCCUCCUCUUCCUCGCCCUCUACCUCCUCCAGCGCGUCUACCUCCAAACCUCGCGCCAAAUCCGCCUCCUCGACCUCGAAGCCAAGUCCCCGCUCUUCUCGCACUUCCUCGUCUCCGCCGCCGGUCUAGUCACCAUCCGCGCGCUCGCCGUCACCGCCGCUGCCGAAGCGGAGAACCUCGCGCGGCUCGACAUGAGCCAGCGCGCGUUCUACGUCAUGGGCAGUCUGCAGAAGUGGCUGCUCCUCGUGCUCGACCUCGUCGUUGCGGCGCUGGCGGUGUUGCUUGUCAGUCUGGCGGUUGCGCUGCGCGAGAGCGUGGAUCCCGGGUUGCUUGGCGUGGCGCUAGUUAGUGUGAUGGGGUUCGGGUACUUGUUGAUGCUGUUGCUGAAGUACUGGGCUGAUCUGGAGACGAGUUUAGGGGCUGUGGCGAGGAUUAGGGAGUUUCAGAUGGAGACGCCGGCGGAGGUUGAUGGGGAUGCGGAGGUGGAGAGCGUGUGGCCUGAUCGGGGGCGUGUGAGGAUUCGUGAUGUGGCUGCUGCGUACGAUGACCACCAAGUUCUACGGAACGUCAACCUGGAAAUCCAGCCUGGUGAGAAGGUGGCGAUAUGCGGGCGGACAGGGAGCGGUAAGUCGACUCUCCUCGCGCUCCUCCUGCGUUUGCAUGACCCCUCGUCUGGGAGUAUUGAAGUGGACGGGUUGGACAUCUCGACGGUGCCGAUUUCACGGCUGCGAGAAAGUCUCGUCGCGCUGCCGCAGGACGCCUUGUUCCUCCCUGGCUCCGUCCGACGGAACCUCGAUCCACUGGACAAGUCCGACGACGCAGCGGUAUGGGAAGCGCUAGAGAAAACGCGCCUGAAGAGUCUCUUUGAGGACAAGGGCGGGCUGGAUGUGGACUUUGAGACGGAGUGGUUGAGCGCGGGUCAGAAGCAGCUGUUCUGCAUGGCGCGAGCGAUGUUGAGGCAGAGCAGGGUGUUGUUGCUGGACGAGGCGACGAGCAGCUUGGAUCAGGCGACGGAACAGGUUGUGCAGGACCUUAUCAGGAGCGAAUUUGACGGGUGGACUGUCAUUGUGAGUGCGCACCGUCUGCAGGCCGUUGUUGACUUUGACAAGAUUGUGGCACUGCAGGAUGGGGAGGUCGUCGAAUUUGAUCACCCGAAGACGUUGCUUGAGCGGGGCGGUGUGUUUGCCUCGUUGUGGAAGCUUCAGGAGGGGUGA